CUCGCCAAAAAGCCCUAGCCUCUCGGAAACGGACCCGCCGUUUCGGACAGUUGAAAUCCUAGGAAGAUGGCGCCGAAGCUGUUCGAAGACGACGACGACGACUCUUCCCAGAACGAAGACAUCUCUAAGAUCGAGGUCGAUGAGAAUUACGGUCGGAGGUUGGAGUACAACAGGACCCGCCAGGAUCUCCAGAAGUACGAGGAGCGGAAGAAGCGAGGUGACAUCUCCAGCUCGGACGAUUCCGACGAGUCUUCCGAAGAGUAUGAACCCGACGAAGAUUUUGGGAAUCCUGUGAAAGACCUCAAGUUCUUCGAUUCGUUGAUCAAGGUAAGGAGACAGGACCCUUCGCUUAAGAACAAAGAUGUUAUGCUUUUUGGGUCUGACGAAGAAGGUGGAGAGGACGAGAGUGAUGAGGAAGGUAAGAAGGAUGAGAAGGACGCUAAUAAGGAGAAGAAGAAGAAGAAGAAGAAGAAGAUGCUAUUGAAAGAUGUUCAGGCAAAGCAUUUGAUGGAGGAAGGUCCAGACUUUGAUGUCAGUGUGGAAGAGAAGGUUAAGACAUAUGCGGAGGAACAAGAGGAACUGAGAAAAGCUUUGCUUGAUGCGGUGGAGGAGGCAGAGGCCGAGGAUGAUGAUGACGGUGAAGAUCUCUUGACAGUGAAAGAAUCAAAAAGUGAGAAUCUUGAGGAGGUUGAUGAUGUGUUCGUGAAGAAAGUGGACGAGUAUUUUGGGGAGGGUGCAGAACUAGAUGAGAACACGAAAUUCUUGAGAGAUUUCUUCACCAAACAGAUGUGGAAGGAAAAGGAUGGAAAGGGUAAGAAGGCAUUGAUGGAUGAAGAUAUAUUGGACGAGUUGGAGCAGGAUGAAGGUGAGUUGGAGAGGCAAGAGGAGUACGAGACUAACUUCAGGCAUGAAGAGGAAGAUGCAGGAGCGCUAAAGAAUUAUCCGAGGAAAGUGGAGGAUUCGGUGAGGAAUAAGGAGAAUCCCAGGAAGGCGCAAAGGAAAAACAAAGAGGAGAGGUUGAGGAUUGCAGAGAUGGAGAGGCAGGAAGAACUGAAGCGCCUGAAGAACGUCAAGAAGAAGGAGAUCAAGGAGAAGAUGAAGAAGGUGCUCUCUAUUGCCGGUUUUAAGGAAGGGGACGAAUGCCCCAUCAAUCCGAAGGAUUUGGACGACGAGUUUGAUCCCGAUGAGUACGAUAAGAUGAUGAAAGCCGUGUUUGAUGAUGAAUACUAUGGUGAGGACGACUCUGGUUUUGGAAACGAAGAGGAUGAAGAUGAGAAACCCGACUUUGAAAAGGAAGAUGAGUUACUCGGACUUCCAAAGAAUUGGGAUGUUAUUAAGCCCGGGGAUGGUUUCUUAGCUGCGAGAGAGAAGACACUACAGCAGAAAGAAGACGAUAUCGGGGACGAGGAAUUGGAUGAAGGGGCGGAAGAAGAAGAGGAGGAGGAGGAGGAGAAGGAAGGGGAAGAACUGAGAGAGGAGAACACAGAGAGUAAAAGGAAGAGAAAACGAAAAGCAUCACUCGUGCAAAGAGCCAAGGAAGCUUUGAUGGAAGAGUAUUACAAGCUGGAGUACGAGGAUACGAUUGGAGACUUGAAGACAAGGUUUAAGUAUGCUAAAGUAGAACCCAACAGAUUCGGGUUGGAGACAGAGGAGGUACUUGCCUUAGACGACAGGGAACUGAACCAGUUUGUGUCUCUGAAGAAGAUUGCUCCUUACAAGGAAAAGGAGUGGAAGUUACCCAAAACGAAGAAACACGAGCAGAAGCUCAAGAUCAAGGAGCUUCUCAGGGAUAAAAAGAGCGGUCACAAGAACAAGAAGAAACCGAAAUCUGAAGAGAAGAAGAAGCAAACUGUAGAAGAAGGAGGUGAAGAAGGCAAGGAUGAUCAGAGUAAAUUAUCGAGAAAGGCUAAGAGAAGACGAAGACAAUCGGAACUGAAGCCGUCACAUUCAAGAUUGGUGGGUUAUCAGAAAGCUGGAGAUAACACAUCAACUAAAAGGUGAUGUUUUUGGUGACCCUCGUUACUGUUUUCAUUCCCUGAAUUCUAUCUCCAUUGUCGUCAGGUUUGGAGAGUUUUGGUUUUUGAUCGGUUCAAUGGCAUGAACUUUUGCUUUUGUGAUGAAUAAAUAUCACUGUUAGUUUCAACUUUGCA